UUCGCGACCGCAGGUGCCACCAGCCGGAGAGCCCUCUUUCUCGGCAGACGCCGUAACGAUCCCUCACAUUCUGUCUACUUUCAGGUAUUGACAUGGGCGACUAUUCUUAAAGUGGGGACGGUAAUCUGGAGGGGGACCUGCUCGACCAAUAACGUUCCAACUUAUGAUGUCAUCGGAGGAGGAGAGUGAGUUUGGCUUGUAUACAGAUAAGCUCCUGAAGAAAACCAAAAGAACUAGACAGCGUGUGGACGCCGGCGAGCCGCGUAAUUCUUAUUCCUCGAUUCCGAACUUCAGUUCGCGACCGGCAUUUCUCGGUGGAAGUAAUAAUUUAUACGGCGCCAUUUUUACCCAACAGCAACAGUUCGGUCUUUUCGGACCGGGGUUCGCGCCCGCAAAAAUGUUGAACGAGCUCUUGGGGCGGCAAAAGCCCGACGGUGGAACGGACGGUGAAGACGUCAAGUUUGACAACGUGAUCAGGUGCGACGGCAGCCCACCUUCCGGGGAACAACUCGCGCAUCACAUGCUGCGGGAUAUUCUUCAGGGACGCAAGCACGAGCUUCUUGCUCUCGAACACGACAUGCGAAACGGCCAGGACCACAUCAUGAACAACAACAACAAUGAACCCAAAACGAGUCCGGAGCGUAACGAUAUGGAAGCCUCGGUGGGAAUGAAGGAGGGCCUCGUAGAUGACAGGCCGCAAGCUGAACUUAUGGAAGAGGCGCUGAAUGGCAUGGAAACUGAAUCGUUGCCGUCGCCAAAAGUGGAGCCAUCCAGUCCAGCUAAACCAGAAGAUGCCAAGAAAGCUCGUGUUGAAAACAUAGUCUCAAGCAUGCGGUCUAGCCCUGCUCCGCCGCAAGUUAAUGGUUGCAAGAAACGAAAGUUAUACCAACCGCAACAACACGAUAGUAAUGCAGAAAGAUACGUAGACGACGAAGAAGAAGACAUAGAGCCGAUCAGGCAAAAACGAGUGGAGAAAAACAAUCUCAAGUCUAAGCUAAGGUCGAUGCAAGAGCAACUGGCUGAAAUGCAACAAAAAUACAAUCAACUGUGGACGCGAGUGGAGCAAGGAUCGGAAGAAAGUCAGGAAAUUGAAGAAAUUCCUAGUGAUAGUGAACAGAGUAAGAGAUCUGCACCUCCUUCACCUGUGACAAGCAGCACUCCCACACCAGUGCAACAGCAUCAACCAACACUGGCGCAAGAGGUGAGCAAACUAAAAAUUAGUCCUCCCGGUCCUCCAUUUCAUAAUGGAUUUUUACACAAUCCCCAUCAGCAUAUGAGUAGUGCAGCUGCAAUGUACCUGGGUGUGAGUCACAAGCUUUUUAUGGAACAAGAAGCUCGGUUAGCUAAAGAAGCUGCAACAAAUGCCAUGAGCAAUGAAUCGCAACAAUCACUACCACCUCAGCAACAGACCCCACCCAAGCCCGAUCAAAUCACUGAACGUUUGAGCAUGAUGAGGAACAUGACUCCUGGCGGUACCGAUUUGGAAGGACUUGCCGACGCUCUUAAAAGUGAAAUCACAGCAUCCUUGUCAAACUUGAUAGACUCUAUACUCCACCGGUUCGUUCAUCAGAAAAGGUGUAAGCAGCAAGAGGCUGCAACCGCAGCAGCGGAACAACUCAACAAAGAUUUAAUGAUGGCCUCGCAACUUUUAGAUAGAAAGUCACCAAGGACCAAAGUAGCGGAACGACCUCAGGCGCCUCCUCCACCGCCCAACCACCAGAACCAGCAUAACCACCAAAGCCACCAGAAUCAAAUGGUAAAUGGUAACGCGGGUUGUCCACCCAUGAUGCCCGUUCAUAAUAUGAAUAGUAUGCAAAAACCUUCAGAUCUUCAUAUUCGACCUCCAAUGUUUCAGCCCCCAAAACCUCCAGGUAUCAACGCUCCACUUUAUGGAAUGAAUCAUCCUUUUUGCGUUUCAAAACAGGAAACCCCGGAACAGAAUGAAGCUUUGAGUUUAGUAGUUGCCCCGAAGAAAAAAAGACAUAAAGUAACGGAUACGAGAAUAACGCCAAGGACGGUUAGCAGGAUACUUGGACAAGACGGAAUGGGAAUGUCCCCUGCAGCGAUGGAACCCAACCCUUGUUCUUCACCACGGCCUCCCCCAUAUCACCAGCCGCCGCCGAUGUUGCCCGUCUCCCUUCCGACGUCGGUGGCGAUACCCAACCCAGGCCUUCAUGAAUCUCAGGUUUUCUCCCCGUACAGCCCCUUCUUCCACGGACCAAGUCAUGGCCACCACAUGGCAAUGCAGGCUUCCUCCUCCCCACCCCGUAUGCACCACAAGAUCGAGAGGGAGUCACCUCCAAUUCAUCACCCGCCCACUCUUCUACAUCCCGCGCUUCUUGCCGCAGCCCAACAUGGGGCCUCCCCGGACUACGGGCAUAUGAGGGGCCCCUCAGGAACGAUGAAUAUGGACAACGGUGAUAGAAACUCAGACUGCAACUCAGGGGAUAUUUCUUACGAUGGAAUGCAGCCUACUAUAUCCUUUUUAUGCAAAGAUUUUAGCAAAAAUCUUAGUUCACACCAUACGAAUAUUUCCUUAACUCCUGAGCACUCGUCAACAUUAACACCGAUGCACCUCAGGAAAGCCAAGCUGAUGUUCUUCUGGGUACGAUAUCCGAGUUCAGCAGUUCUCAAAAUGUACUUCCCGGACAUCAAGUUCAAUAAAAACAACACUGCCCAACUCGUGAAGUGGUUUUCUAACUUCAGGGAAUUCUACUAUAUCCAAAUGGAAAAGUAUGCAAGACAAGCAGUGUCAGAAGGUGUCAAGAACGCUGAUGACCUUCACGUUGGUGGGGACUCUGAGUUAUACAGGGUGCUCAACUUACACUACAACCGAAAUAAUCACAUCGAGGUAUGGGGCCCACAGGUUCCUUCUAACUUCAGGUUUGUGGUGGAACAAACACUACGGGAGUUUUUCAAAGCCAUUCAAGAAGGCCGCGACGCCGAACAAUCUUGGAAAAAGUCAAUCUAUAAAAUAAUUUCAAGGCUUGAUGACCCGGUUCCGGAAUAUUUCAAGAGUCCGAAUUUUCUGGAACAAUUAGAGUGACCGGUCAGUGAUUGACCCAAACGUGUACCAAACUGUAGCCAAUGGUUUACAGAUGGUACUGCCUGUUAGCGACAAACUGCUAACAUGUUUCAACACCAGAUAGAAUCGGUGACGUAUCUCACGACCUGUCAACGGUUUUUGUUACUUUCAAUGGUUUGGAGACGUCGAAGUUCAAGAAGAACAUUGUCAUCUUUGAACGCAUUUGGACAUUUGUUGAAUAGUUGUGUUAAGUUGGCAGAAAGACUUGAUGAUUAUGCCUCAGGCUUUGCGUUCGUAUACACGAACAGUGAACAUAAAUCAAUCAAUUUUUCAGUGAAUACCUGAAUAUAUACCGGCUAGAAAUUAUUGACGUCAAGUCCUAAGUUUUUCAAACCAGCAGUUAGCAAGCAAGUUAAAAAUCUGCACCAACUUUCAUUUACCUUUGGCAUGUUAUUGUUUACUGCCACUGUAAACUGUACUGUUUAUACCCACUUGUAUAUAAACUUGAAUGUAUAUAGUAUUUAUCUCUCAUUUUUAUUUAUAUAAUUACAUUCCUUACCAAAGUUAUAUUUUUACUAGUCGUCACGUAGGGUAGGCUACCCUACUUUUUAGUUUUUUUGAUAUUGUAUAUGGAAGAUCCUUUAUAAUCUGAUAAAUGAGUUCCUUCUAUGUACAAUAUCUAUAACUUGAAAUUACCAUGAUUAUAUCCCAUAUUAAUUUCAAAUAAGAUGCGGGGUAUAAUUAUUGUAACAUUAAUUAGGUAAAUGUGUCAUGCGUCCUAUCCUAUACUUUCUUUAUAACAGCAUGUCAAACUUUAUUGAAAGUGAAGGAAUAUUCAAUGAAUAAGGACUCACAGUACUAUAAAACAAAGAAAAAUAAUAAUUAAACAACCAGACCAAAUGAAAUUUCCAAAGGAACAGUAAUAUCAAAAUUCUUCACAAUAUUCACUGUUUUCCUCCAAAAUUGAAACUUCAAAAAUUUUGAUAAGUAAUUCAAUAUGGAAAAUUAACCAACAACAUAUGGUGAAUAUAUUGCUGAUCUAGUUUUCAAGACGAUUUAUAACUCAAUCAAUAUCUACUUGAUAUCUACAUUUGAACUACUGUCUCACUUUUACUGCACUACUUGUAGUACUAGAACAUUCUUGUCAUUCUUUAUUGAUUUUUUCUUAUAGCAAUAUGCUGACUUGAAAACCUUCAGUAGUGAAUUGAAAGUUUGACAUGUUGUGAACAAAUUUUCUCAAUGUUAUUGGUUUGGUAUUCUUUUUUAUUUUUUGUUGGUACCUUUUUUUAUAAAUUGAUGGA